CAGGAUGAACCUUUCUGCAUUGAAUGAAGGACCACCAACAUGUCUACUGGUUUUGGAGGAACAAAAGGAUCCAAGAGAGUGGUAGCACCUAAUGUAGAAGACCAAGUUGGUAGAGUAACUAGGCAGAAGACAAAGGAACUAUCCUUAGUUGAGAAAGAUAUACAUGGUUCGACUGCAAAUACAGAUGAGCACACAUUGAUUUCUGCCAAUUUUCCUGCACACCAUGAUGACGAGAUUCAGAUGUGUGAUGAAGGUCAAAUAGAUGUCAUGACAGAUAAAUGGAUAAGGGGAAAAAGUAUGGGCAAACAAUUGGAAAGGAUAAGUCGAGGCUUAAACACUAAGAUCACAUUGGUCAUCACUAAAGGGAAUAGACGUCCUGAGGUUCCUAUGCAAGCUGCAAUGCUUGCAUCAGAAGGAGGAAUUGUAAUUAGGCAACAUAUGCCGAUCCUAACACACUGGAAGGAAUACAAGAAUGACAAAUCCUAUUUGGAAGACUUCGUCGGUAGAAUUGGUGGUCAAUUUGCCAUAGACACCAAAAACAAAGAUGUCAAAUAUGCAUGUGCUGAUUUGAUGAGGUGUAAUCAGCGACAAAUGAGAUAUAAGCUCAAGAAGGCUUACUUUAAUGGUGUGGCAGCUGACAAAGUGAGAACAACAUCACCGUUGAGUACUAUGACAGAUGAGCAAUGGAUGCAACUCGUCAAUAUGUGGUCUACCCCAAAGCACAAGGAUAAAUGUGUGAACAACAAAGUGAUUCGUGGAAAAGUUCGGUUCCAGCAAAAGACAGGAUCUCGGAGUUACAUUGCACAUAUGCAUGCCGUGAAGCAAGCCAAAUAUGGAGAUGCACCACCAAGCGCGAUUGAUCUUUUUAAAGAGUGCCAUUGUAGUAGGAAGACUGGUUUUGUUGAGCCUGUAAAGGAAGCAAUUAAUCCUAGUACUGGUUGUGUUAUAUUAGCAGUUAGUUGA